AUGGAGGGACCCUCCAACAACUCAAAUCAACACUCUCACUCCCGCCCUGUCAGAGCUUCUUCCCGCUACUUAUACGGCAACGCUUCCUCCUCCUCCUCUUCUCCGGCCACCUUUCGUGGUCCAGUCAGGCGGUGGGAGAAGAAGUGGGUCCACGUGUCCUCAUCCCAGCCUUCCAGCCCUCCUAAAACCCGCAGACAAUCCCUCUCAUCCAAGGUCCCCAAACCACCUGAUUCCCCCCUUUUCCUCUGCAAGUGGACCCCACUUUCCCGUCCAGCUUUUCCCUCCGCCGCCGACGACGGAAGUUCAAACUCCGGACAACUUUCCCCUCGCAAAUGUCGUUACACUCCGAUUACUGUUUUUGAGGAGAAGAAGAAACUGGCUGCAAAAAGAGUUGCUGAUGAAGAUAAAUCUAGGAAAACUGAUCAGUCUGCAGAAAAGCCAGUAGUUGACAGUGAAGAUAUCUACGCGUUGCUGGAUAUCAACACUGACCUUAUGGGAGUACGUCAGGUAAAGUUGUUGCUAGACUUGCAUUAG